GGCCUUGAUGUCUUCAGAUCCAAACUCUCUCCAGGCGCAUAGUCACCUCCUUACUCAAAGUCUUCAAAAGCUAGAGAGUACUCAACCAGACUCCCCGCCUGCUCGCACUACUCCCCACAUUCGCGAUGGCUAUGGUUUUCGUACUCCCUCGGGAGGGACAACCCCGGCCAAAUCGGCUUCAAGAAAGACCUUGGAAAACCUCGUUCCCGAUUCUUAUGGGCUUGGUUGGCCAGCGAAAUCUACAUAUUCUCGCCUGACUGCCACACCAGAAGAACGAGCAGCGCGUGAAAGGAAAUUAGCUGAAGCGGUCAGAACAAUCUUAGAUUGUAUCGGUGAGGAUCCAGAUCGGGAGGGACUUUUACGAACCCCAGAGCGCUAUGCUCAAGCUGUUAUGUGGAUGACCAAGGGAUAUGAAGAACGGUUAGCAGACGUAAUAAACGAUGCCAUAUUUGCGGAAGACCACGAUGAGAUGGUUUUGGUACGCGAUAUUGAUAUUUCAAGCCUCUGCGAACACCACAUUGUACCAUUCACCGGAAAGGUUGCCAUUGCUUACAUUCCUAACAAGUUGGUGCUAGGGUUAUCGAAACUCGCACGGAUCGCAGAAACCUUCAGUCGUCGACUGCAAGUACAAGAGCGACUAACCAAGCAAAUUGCCAUUGCCAUUCAAGAAGCGAUCAAACCGCGGGGUGUGGCAGUUGUAAUGGAGGCGACGUGAGCUUUUCUUUACCCUCACAUCCAUUACCCUUACCUUUCUUAGACAUCUUUGCAUGACUAUGCGUGGUGUGCAGAAGCCUGGCUCAAUCACUACUACUUCAUGUAUGUUGGGCUGCUUCCGGACCCAGCAAAAAACGAGAGAGGAGUUCUUGACCCUCAUGAAGCGGUAGAUUCGUCUAGGUGGUCCGAUUCAACUCGGUAGACUGGCUUCUAGUUUCACGCCGUCUCUAGAAAUAGACUGGUUCAGACUUUGACGUCCAGAAUAAUAUGUACUUCCCUGUAUUUACUUAUAAGUGUAAGCUUUUGAAGAUCAAUGGGAGGAAGACGCGUGGGUGCGUGGGUGAUCGUGA